AGGAAUCUUACCAGGUGCAUCAACAUUCUCAAUGAAAGGUUCAGCGACAAGAGUAUCAACACUACUCGGUUGAAGUGGAUCAACAUGAAGUUCAGACAUGAGAAUUUUGAGAACACUGAUUAUUCUAUUAGAGGUCGUUGGACAAGAUCUGAAGAUGAUAAGCUUAAUAAGCUUGUUAAAUACUUUGGUCCUCGUAAUUGGAACCACAUUGCUGAGCAUUUUCAUGGAAGAUCAGAGAAAAGUUGCAGAUUAAGGUGGAUUAAUCAACUAGAUCCUAAAAUUAACGGAUCAAAAUUCAGUAAAGAAGAGAAGGCGAAGCUUUUGGCUGCUCAAAGAUAUUAUGGUAACAAUUGGGCAACCAUUUGCAAACUAUUUCCUGGACGAACAAACAAUCAAGUUAAGAAUCAGUUUUAUAUGAUGAUGGGUAAGAUGCAAAGGGAGCAAUCAUCAAGUUUAUCUCGAAUGGGAAAUUCAAUAUUUCGAACCCCUCCAACGAUGUACCGAAUUACAAGCACCACUGAUGUACCGAAUUCAACUUGCACCAAUGUCAGCCGCUUUGCUGGGCCUUUACUUUAUCGUCAAGCCUAUGGUUCACAAAUGGGUUUACAUGGAGAGAGGAAGGUGGAAGUGCGGAAUUUUGGUUAUGAUACCAAUUUUAGUGCAAUGAAAGGUUCAUAUGUAAGUCGUAUGGGAAAGAUUAAUGGUGUGGAUAAAUCUAAUUAUUCAUAUUCAAACUCAGAAGCUUCGGUAUCAGAGUCAGGUUCAACAAUCAGGACCAAUGUAUCCAUUUUCGGGGAAUGUGAAAAUGUGAGGAGUAAGACUAAGCUGCAAUAUUUCGACUUCCUUGGAAUAGGAGAUAAAUAG